UUUACAGUGUGACACCGGGCGGAUGUAAACAAAGGAAAGCCUCCAGCAGCGUUAGCUUGACGGAUGUUUGGACUGAGCUGCAGGGAGGCUGUGUUGUCAUGUCUCAGAUGAAUAUCUCAGCAGUUUGAGUUAAAAUGAGUUCCGCUCAGUGUUUAGGAGAAUUAAUUACCGAGACACGAACUGCUGCCGAACAAACCACCGUCAAGGACGAGGGACGUCAGCGCAGACUGCUGGAUAACAUCUGGAAACCACAAAUAACACAACACACAGCUGGCCUCCCAGAGCAAUGUGUUUGUAAGGAGGAGGAGGUUUUCGUUGACCAGCAGCUCUGUAACCAGGAGAGGAACUCCAGUCCGGACCAAGGGGACCCAGAACCUCCAGGGAUUAAAGAGGAACAGGAAGAACUCAUCAUCAGCUUUGAUAAGGAGAACCCAGGGUCUCUAGACAUUAAAGAGGAACAAGAGAAACUCUGCACCAGUCAGGAAGGAGAGCAGCUUGCACUGAAACAUGAGAUUGAUAUGCUAAUAGUAACUCCUACUUAUGAAGAAAAAGACCACAGUGAACCAGAAUCAAACAAUGACCAGUUCCUCCCUCACAACCUACCUGUAGCUCAAAGCCCAGAUCAAGAAGAAAGCAAACAUGUAGACUCAGGAUCAGCCAGAAAUGCAGUGUUGAGACCAAAGAGAAGACAUCACAGUAGCAGCAGUCACAAUAAUACUUUAGACACAUUUUCAGAGAAUCACUGCACAAAGUGUGAUCAAAAAGUUCUGAAACCAUCUCUGCUGCAAACAGACGGAGCCCAGAACAGUCACGCACAUGCAACAAAUACGAGCAGUGAUUUUCAUCCGUGUGACCCUUUGCAGGUGCCCACUGGUGACCUGGACCUCAAACUUGAGCAGAGAGCAAAAAUACAACAUUGUGUCAAACUCGGGAAAUCGGCAAAGGAGACUCUCAAGAUACUUCAGAAAGCCUACGGCAAGGAAGCGAUGAGCCGGUCCAGAUGUUUUGUCUGGCAUUCACGUUUCAAGAUGGGCAGAACUUCACUGGAUGAUGACGAUAGGCCAGGGCGACCGUCUACGAGUACGACUCCUGAAAAUGUCCAAGAGAUUGAACAAAUUGUGUGUCAGGAUCGUCGGCUCACCAUAAAGGAAAUUGCUUACAUGGUCAACAUGUCCUUUGGAACAGUUCAGGCAAUCCUAACGUCCAAUUUGAACUUGCACCGUGUUGCUGCCAAGUUUGUGCCCAGGCUCCUAACUCCUGAGCAGAAACAGCAGCGUGUAAAAGUGUGCGACGAUCUCCGUCAACAGGCCCAGGAUGACCCAACCUUCACGUCGAGGAUUAUCACUGGUGAAGAGAUUUGGGUCUAUGACUACAACACAGAAACCAAACAGCAGUCUCCGAGACCGAAGAAGGCACGUCAGGUCAAGAGUACGACAAAGAACAUGCUUGUGGUCUUCUUCGACAUUCAUGGAGUUGUGCACCGUGAGUUCGUCCACACACUCAGACUGUCAGUGCCGAGAUCUACUGUAACAUCCUGAGGCAUCUGAGGGAGAGCAUUCGCCAGAAACGACCUAAACUGUGGCACGAUGGUAACUGGGUGCUCCACCAUGAUAGCACGCCCGCUCACAGGGGUUUGGAAACGCAGGACUUGUUUGCCAGCACCAACACAAUCAUCAUUCCCCACCCACCCUACUCGCCAGAUUUGGCUCCCUGUGACUUCUUUCUCUUUCCAAAAUGAAGUUGAAGUUGAAAUGUUACCAUUGUGAAACGGUGGAGGAGAUUCAGAAUGCGUCACAGUUGGUGCUUGACACACUUAAGCAGCGGGACUUCCAGAGAGCAUUUCAAACAUGGCAGGAGCGAUGGGAGCGGUGUAUUACUGCACAAGGAGACUACUUUGAUGGGGAUGGCGGCCAAAUAUAAAUAAAGUUCAAGUCU